UUUGACCCGCCGUUGGCGGUUUUCGGUGGAGGCAACGUACGGAUAUAGUGACGACGAUGGAAAGGGAAGCGGAGGCCAGGGACCGGUCGAUAAGUGGACCAAUUGGACGGUCUCGCCCUCUGGGCUGGAGGAAGCAAGGACUAUGUCCUCCCUGGCUCUUUACUCUGCUGGUGAUGGGUGUGUUCGUCGCCUUGGCUGUGGAGCAGGGGAUGGUUAUGGCGUUGCGGACCCCCCAGGAGCUGCUAAUGGGUGCUCGUAUCAACCGUCUGCGCAGUCGAUCGCACUUACACGACCUCAAUCGAGCGGGGAACUUGAAUUGCGCCGCAGACAAGCGUAUGGAUGCUAUUACGGCGCAGGGCGGGGCGUGCGUGAGUGAUGAUAAAGCGGCCUUAGCUGCAGCCAACCAGUGCAAAUGGUUUGGAGACUACAAGUUCGUCACGGAGCUCGUGUCUUGUGGAGGGGGCGAUCCGUUGAACGCCUGGGUCAGCAAUGCAACCACUCGCGCUGUACUGGUGGAUCCGUCGUACAGGGACAUUGGUGUAGCCAGCCGUAGCGUGAAGGGGGGGAGAUAUUGGGUUGUGAUUGUUGGUACCACUUAGAACGUCCAUACGUGGAGUGAUUAGAUGGAAACGAAAAUGUUUCGCAGAAUUGCUUGGGCCAGAUUAGAAAGCAGAGCACGCGUAGCGGACAUUCUGAAGAAAAGUCACUACCCACAGGUGAGGCUGGACGGGGUGGGAGAUCAAUAAAUGGUUGUGUGGUGUCGUGACUCAUGAUCAUCUGCAGACUCUGUGCGGAGGAGAUUGCUAUCUCUUUCUCCUCCGCCAUCCAGGACAGCUUCCCAGGUCUACCAUCAAAGAUCUUUCUGUCGACGUACUCUUCGGACUAUGUGGACUGGGCAGUGGGCAGUUCGUGAUCUCUCUCUCUCUCUCUCUCUCUCUCUCUCUGUGUGUGUGUGUGUGUGUGUGUGUGUGUGUGUGUGUGUAUUUUCGUGUGUGUGGAUGUGUUUGUUCGCACGUGCAACAACGGCAACACUAGGAGAGGUUUUGGAGCUUGUAGAAAGUUUUCACUAUCAUGAAAGAGCGAUUACUUGCCUUCCUGCUUGGUUACUCUUUGUAAGCCGACCAAGGGGACUUCGGAGUUCCUGAUCGAUAUUAGUUGUCUGUGUGGCUGGUUGCUUGCGUGCACGAGAGACACUACUACAGGUGUCGAAAGCACUCCGUGAAUGGGACGAGGACAUCAUGUGAAGGAGUGUUGGAUACUGUGUAAAGCAGUUGAAAUAGGGUUAGCUGGAGGGGUUAAUUUUGGCUGAAUUACACUGAAAGGAAGGGUGGUCCAAUAGAUUUGUCGAUAGGGUCGUGUCUGUGCCUUAAUUCCCACAAUAAAUGUCGAAUUAUAUCGAUUAGAGGGACGUGCAUGAGAGCGGGUGCUGAAGAUUUGAAUGACGUCUAGGUUGCGUAGUUGAAGAUGAUGUUAGGUGCACUUGUUCAAUUCCUUGUUGAAUGGCGCUGAAGAGUUGUUUGGUGCUGAAGAGUUGAAUGGCGUCUAGCGUGUAAGUGAAAAGGUGAUGUUCGUACAAUACCUUGUUGUUAACUUUGCACUGUUUGCAGCUCGUUCUAAAUCUUCGGAUAUCGAAAUACAAGAAAGAAACCCUUCGUCCUUGAAUGGGGAUUAUCAGGGCCGCGCUGAUGUUAUGCACAUUUUGGUUACUGUAAUCAGUGUAAUGGGCAGCGCUACUCAAGUUGUGAAGGUCUCUCGUCGAUUGUUUGCAAUCACCAAGUUGGUGAUGAAGAGUGGACGUUUUGGUGCGCUUGUUGAACUUUGUCUUCUUGAGCAAGAUAUUGCUAUUGGGCCAACCAACCGAAAUGAACAAUCCAUUGUCUA